AUGGCGGACGGACAAGUCAGCCAGUCUUCUCUCCGGCUGCUGGUGCUGGCACCGGCGUUAGAUGCGAAAUCGAAACCUCCCUUUCCGAGCCUGUUGCACGCUCUCACGGGCGUGAGGCCCUCGGACGAGGUGGCGUCUUUUUCCGGCUACACCAGUCACCCGCCGCUAAGCUUGAGAACGAAAUAUUACAGCACGGACAUCAGCAUAUGGUGCGACGAGCUACCGCGAGAAGAUGUCUCUGAACCCAAGUCAUCGUCAACGUCAAAUUCAGAUUCCAUUGAUCCUCCUCAGCCCCCGACUUCAAAUGGGGCGAGUGACUCGGGACAAGGACCGUCCGGCGCCGGCAAGGAACCCGCUGACGACGGUGACGGUGACGGUGACGGUGAUGCUGAUACCGUAACGACACCGACACUCGAAGACUGGACGAAGCAGAUGCUCUCCCCAGCCGCAUCUGAAGUGCGCGCCGUGAUCGGCGGCAUCAUUCUCAUUCUCCCCGUAUCUGCUUCUUCUUCUUUGCGGCAGCAGCAGGUAGUCGUCCCGCAGUCCCACGUCCGCCUUGUCGAAGCUAUCCAUUCGGUCCGCGAGGCGAUCGAAGACGAGAGCUACCACGGCGAACUCGCGUCUAUAGUCGUCGUGCAACCCUCGAGUCCGAACGUGAUGACGCCCGCGAAACUCGCCGAGAUAUCCGACCACCUCGAGGAGGUGUGCUUGUCCGAAAAGGGCAUUCUGGGGUGGGACUUCGUCUCGUGGAGCGGCGAAGUGCCUUCUUCUUCUUCUUCCUCCCCCGCCGGGUCUUCCGAGCGGAACGAGUACGGCGAAAAGACGGGCAUCGAUCGGGCAAUCGAGGUCCUAGAGGGCGUCGACUGGUCUGCGUCGCCGUUUUUCAGCCACGACGACGACGACGACGACGACGACGACGACGAAGGAUUCGACAUCGACGACGACCUUGACGGCGAAACAGCAGGCGGCGUUUCCAUGGCAAGCGUCCUGCGAAACGCGCGGAGAUCUGGCCUUGACUACGAGUUACAGCGGGAGAUGAUGGAGCUCAAGAUUUCUCUGGAUGAUGUUGAUGGUGAUGAUGAUGAUGACGACGAUGACGAUGCCGAAGACGCUUCUAAAGGAAAUAGUGGUCAGAGAAACGCAAACGGCACAGGAGAUGACGUCGACGACGCCGAUGAAAACAUUCAAGUCGAGCAACUUCAAGGCUUGAUGGAGCGUGUCGUUGCCAUCCGUGAUGCUGGCUCCGAGCUGUCACCCGCGGAGAGGGGACGGUUUGCAAGACGAGAAAUCAACAGGAUCAUGCGCGAAAUGGGCUAA